UUCUGCGCGAAACGCUAGCAGAGUUAUUUUCGAACCUAUAUUUAUAAAUUGUAUAUGAAAAAUUACAUUGCAGGUAAAAUGCCGCAUUGCGAUGCACGCUGUAAUAGACACGUGAUUUUUCUAAUAUAAACAACACGGUUUAUUAAUUAAAUUAAACUAAUGAUCAGCUGAGCGAAGUUUUCGGUUUUAAUUUUUUUUUAUAAAUCCUAUAAUUAGUCUAUUAAAUAGGUCGUAAGUGAUAACCGGAAGUAGUUGGUGUUCUAUAUAGUUUUAAAAUUAAUAAUGGCGGUUCAAAAUAAAGUUUUGUACGCGUUUCGUGGAUGGAUAGCUUUUGUGGCUUUUAUGGAUCUUGGUACGACCGGACGGUCCUAUAUUGAAAGGAGGUCGUUUCUAAGCAACGCCGGCGAUGAACACCUAGACGGAGAUUUUACGAUAUCACGGAUGCUGGGCAUGUACUCGUUGCUCAAGGCUUUAGCCCUGAUUCACUGUACUCUGUACAUACACUAUAGGCCUGUGGUGUCGAUGGGCUACUGGUCGCUGACACUGACCAUCAUUUUGUACUUCUCCGAAGCAUUCUACUUUCACUCCACAGAUCUGAACUUCUACGUUGUGUUUCCUUGUGUUUUGAACAUAAUCACCCUCAUAGGAUUAAUAUACCUGCCAACAAAAUUAAAGCUCUUCGGCCAAAUUCCUGGCACUUCAGGUAUGGACAGAGAGGUCGAUGACGAAAACACUCAAAUACUCCGCAGUAUGGGCAAUUUUAGAAGACGGAAACCUGGCAACACUGUUAAGAAUAAACACGUUUGAUAGGGCAACACUAGUUUGUGAAGUUAACUUGAAGAGUAUCGCUUUACCUUUAUGUUUUUUUGGAGUUUUUAGAGGUAAGAGAAUUGUUUUGUGUAACGCUACGGAUUCACGACGGUAUCUUUUGCGCCCGCCACGACGCGGAAUAGGUUAGAUGCCUAAUUUUUAUUUUAAUGUCAGUCUGGUAGAUUAUUUUAAAUCA